AUGACGCUGGUUCUGUCCAUGAAUAGAUUCUGCGAGCCCAUUGUCUCAGAAGGAGCUGCUGGAAUCGCCGGGUACCAGACGCUAUGGGAGGCUGACAGCUACCGAGGUGCAAGCCCCCCAGGGCCAGCACAGGUUCCUUUACAGGCAGACCGAGCAGCCAGCCCACAACUGGCAGGAUCGCACUACAGGGGAAUUCCAAAUCCUAUUGGAGCAUCCAAGGUCACCUACUUCAAGAGGAAGUACGCCCCAGAGGAGGAUCUUCACCCCCCCCUCAGCAGCUGCAGCCAUACAACCAUCUCUGUUUUUGAAGAACGAGCCCACAUCCUUUACAUGUCCUUGGAGAAGCUCAGGUUCAUCGAUGACCCGGAAGUGUACCUGCGGAGAUCCGUCCUCAUUAACAACCUGAUGAAGAGGAUCCAUGGGGAAAUCCUCAUGCAGAACAGCUGGUGCCUCCCCGCCUGCUCCCUCAGCGGCACCUCCGCCCAAGAGUGGUUCCUGGCUCAAGACUGUCCUUACCGGAAACGGCCCCGGGUGGCCAAAGAGGAGUGGGAGAAAGUCCACACUUGCUGUUUGUACCAGGAGUGUGGCAGCCACUGCCUGAAUCUGCCCCUUUCAGUCAAUGCCGGUGUUGGAAGCAAUUCUGCUGCUGCCCCGGCUGCAUCUCCCUCUGCCGCCCCAUCCUCAUCCUCAUCCUCCUCUUCCUCCUCCUCUCUGCCAUUGCCUAGCUGUUCCCACCAUGUGGACUUUGAUAUAGGCAGCGCCCCCAUCUACAAGAGCGACGGCCAAACACCUGCCGAUGAAAUUUUCGUCACUAACAGGUCACUUGGUGUCCAGGAAAAAGCCAAAUUCAGCGAUGGGAAAGUAAGUCACGACACCAGCAGAGACAGUGACACCCUUGGCCAAGAACCUCUGGGGGACGACCUUGAUUGUGAGUGCAAAGGCCAAUUCUAUGACUAUUUUGAGACUGGAUAUAAUGAGAAAAGCCACAUGAGUGAGUCCUGGAAAAAGUCUUUGAGGAAAAAGGAGCUUUCCCCAAGCACCAGACUAUGCUGCAGCAAAGGAAGUAAGAUGUGA